GGUUCGAUUUGCACCUCCUAGAAGAGGAAAAUGUCAUCUUUCAACUUCCGGUUUCUCUUGCUAAAUCGAACAGUGAUCUUCUGAUUCAAUAUGGCGUCGAAACGAUGUUUAGUUAGCGCUGCAAUAAUUAUACUGACUGAGGAUGAAGACUUUGACUUGCCAGAUGAAGAAUUUUCAUUUGUUACACUAUUUGCAGCAUGCAGUGAUAUACAGGAGCAAAGAAAACGAUAUAAAGUGGAACGCUUUGUGCAAGAUGUUGUUUCAAGAUAUUCCUUAGACACAUUCAAGACCUUCUUUCGUGUUUCAAAAACUACAAUCGAAGCUAUAUUGGAAAAUAUUCAGCAUAUUCCAGAACUACUACUAAGAGAACCAGCUGCUGGACGACCUCAAAUUUCACAUGAAAAAGAUUUACUGAUGAUGCUGUGGUACAUAGGAUCACAAGAAACAAUUCGGUCAAUUGCAGAUCGAUUUAAUGUAUCUGAAUUCCCUGGUGUGAUUGGAGCAAUCGACUCUACACAUAUACGCAUAAAACCCCAUAGUGGACAUUCAAAUGAUUAUUUUAAUAGGAAAAAAUUUCACUCUGUCAUUCUUCAAGCAGUGUGCAGAGGAGAUAAAAGAAUUACAGACAUUUUCUGUGGAUGGCCAGGACGAGUGCAUGAUGCUCGUGUUUUUCAAAAUUCUCCAUUGAGGCAAAGAGGCCCAAUUCUUUGUGGUCAGUGCCAUUUGUUAGGUGAUAGGGCAUAUCCGUGCAAGCGGUGGCUGAUUACUCCAUACAGAAAUAGAGGAAACCUUACUAGGGAUCAAAUUAAGUUCAACCAGAUUUUAUCAAGUACCAGAGUAAUCAUCGAAAAUUCAUUCGGCAUAUUAAAAGGCAGAUUUCGGCGUCUCCAAUUUGUUGAAAUGAAUGACAUUUCUUAUGUUGUCAAGGCUAUUAUAACAGCUUGCAUCCUACAUAACAUUUGUAUCCUGAACCAAGACGAACUUGAUGAGCAUUUUGACAAUGACCCUCAGCAGGUUCCUUUAAUUAUUCCAAUGUUUGAAAAUGAUGCAGAAGGACAGUUAAAGAGACAAUUACUUACACGACAGUUGGCUAUCACCUAAAAUCUGCAUGUACCGGUACUUAAAAUUAACCAUAUAUAUGUCAAAGAAAUCAGUUUGGCAAUGAAAUUUUGGUAUAGAAACGUUGUGUUAGAAAUUGUUUCUGAAUCAUUUUCGCCCAUUGGA